UCCCAUUUUUCGGAUUUCAUUUCGUCACGUAAAAUCCGGAGCUCCCUGCCCGAGACUUCUCCUUUUUGAACAUUUCGGAUUCCAAUCCGAUAUAUCGCCGGCAUUUCGUCCCGGCGAUUGUUUUUCCUUUCUAAAUUUAGCCGGCCGGCCUCGUUUAAUAGAGCAGAGAGCCGUUCUUCCGCUGUUUUUCACGUUUUUUUUUUUUUUUUUGGCUCGGGGAUUCUGAUAGCAGCAAAGGAGGGAGGGAUUGGAUUUUCAAAUUUUUUUUUCUUGUUUGGCUUCUUUCUGUGCUCUGUUUGGAGCUGGAGAAAAUCAGAGCAAGAUCACAAGGGAAGAAAAAGAAGUCUACUCUUGUGAUUGAGACUUUUGGAGGAGGGUGCUGAGGGCUUAGGGAGACAAGAAGAGAAGCUGUUGAGUUGGCCUUGGGGGCGAAAAGGGAAAGAGGGAGAAAAUGUUUACGUGCAUAGCAUGCUCGAAGCAGGGAGGGGAUGAGGGAGGGGAAGAAGGAGGAGGAGCGCGUGGAAGUGGCACGCCAAGUACAAAAGAAGCCGUCAAAAGCCUGACAGCGCAGAUCAAGGAUAUGGCACUGAAAUUUUCUGGUGCUUACCGUCAAUGCAAGCCUUGCACUGGCUCCAGCAGCUACAAGAAAGGCCAGCGGCCUUACCCAGACUUCGAUGCUAUUUCAGAAGGGGUUCCAUACCCCUACCUUGGAGGUGCAAGCUCAAGUUCAACACCCGCGUGGGAUUUUACUAGUGGCAGUCACCACCCUGCUGGAAGAUCAGACUCAAGAUUUACAGGGGUAUUGAGAGGUGACCAGACUCCUGGUGGGGCAUCUGUAUCGGCGCAGUCUUGUGAUGUCGUGCUCGAGGAUGAGGAGGAGGCUAAGGAAUGGAUGGCACAGGUGGAGCCUGGUGUUCACAUUACUUUUGUGUCCCUUCCUAAUGGCGGAAAUGAUCUUAAACGAAUACGCUUCAGCCGAGAGAUGUUUAAUAAAUUGCAAGCACAGCGAUGGUGGGGUGAGAAUUAUGACCGGAUCAUGGAGCUCUACAAUGUUCAGAGAUUCAAUAGGCAAGCUCUUCACACUCCCCCAAGGUCUGAGGAUGAGCAAAGAGAUUCUUCAUACUCAAGGCUGGGAUCAGCAAGGGAAAGCCCUAUGGGUUCAUCAUUGAACAAGGAGUGGACACCAAGGAACUACUAUAGACCUUCUGGAAGUAAAGGGUAUUACCCAUCUGACCCUGUGGACCAAGGUGGCAGCUACCAUUACAAUGCAGGCUCAAGUACAUUUGGCAUGGGUGGCCCUAAGGGAGAGGCAUCAUCUAUGGAUGCAUCUCGGACAACGACCUCAUCUAGGGACGAGGCUUCGGUUUCAAUUAGCAAUGCAAGUGACCUGGAGACAGAAUGGGUUGAGCAAGAUGAGCCUGGGGUGUACAUUACCAUCAGACAACUAGCUGAUGGCAGUAGGGAGCUCCGGCGUGUCAGGUUCAGCCGGGAAAUGUUCGGGGAGGUGCGCGCAAAGCUGUGGUGGGAAGAGAACAAAGAGAGAAUACAAGCUCAAUACCUUUAAAAUUUUGAUCCAAACGGCAUACAUUACUACAGAUAAGAUUAAAGAAGUCAGGGUGCAUCUGGAUGUCUCAAACAGGUGGAAUCAUUUAAAACUUGGUUUCCUAGAAUGUAACAAUACGAAUCCAUACUGUAAUGGAGCCUUUAUAGAGAGAAUUGGAGCUAGCCUCCGCAAGUAAUGGUUAGAAAGUACUUCAUCAAUCAAAAACCAUCUGUGCUAUAUCAUCACUUGUGGGGGUGAUGGCUCCAUUUUUGAGUAAAGGCUCGUUUCAGUGAGAUGUCCUAAUGGGUCCUUUUUUGUCCUUGUCUUUGUUCUUAUGAUUAUUAUCACGAUUUAGUGAAAUUCUUUUGGGCCUCCUUUUUCCCUGUUUAAGACAUUUCGAGUCUUUGGGCAUCAUAGGGUUAUCUGGCUCUUCAUUUAGAUAUUAAAGUUUGUUAUCUGUAACACAAAUUCGAGAAAUGGAAUUGAAAUCAUUCCCAGUCA